GGUUUUUGUACUUUUUUGUAGGAAGUCAUGCGCCGUAGUAUGGAUGAUGUGGGUGGUGUUCAAGAAGAAGAUGAAAUCCAGCAGGCAAUUAGACUGUCACUUCAGGAGAUGGGUAUGAGUUAUACACAGGAAAAUCAGGAAGAAAGUGUUGACUUUCAGACUGAUGAUUAUGACCCAAAGAAUCCACUGACUGAAGAGUUUAAAUGUGAAAAACAUACAUAUCGUCUUAUCAGUGUGAUUAGCCACUUUGGUCUUACAACUAAUACAGGACACUAUGUUGCUGAUAUAUAUAACUGUGAUGAAGAUAAUUGGUUCCACUAUGACGAUGAAUGUGUGUUAAGAAUCCCUGAGUCUGUCGUUUGUGCAGAGGGACGGCAGAAGAAUGGCUACAUCUUCUUUUACAUGCAUAAAGAUCUCUUUCUAAAGGAAAAGAAAACUGCUGUUGAUAGAUAAUGUGCUUAAUUUCUGUAUUAAUGUGUGUGUACGUAUAUACAUACAAACAUGUGAUUGUAUAGUGUAAUUUAAUGAAACAUAAGAUUCACUUUCGGUGAGGUGAGUCUAAUAAAAUGUAAAUUAUAUAGUAUUGCAUUUCAAGUAAAAACAAAAAUAUAGUAUAUGCAGUUUUUACAAAUGCUCUUGAAAAAAAGGGGCAUCUGAAAUUGAAUAGCAUGCACUGUGAAGGCCUUUUCACCUAUUUAAAUUUUAGAUGGACCUUUUUCAAUGGCAUUUACAAAAAACUGUACAAUGUAGAGGAACUUCAUAAGAGAGUUGACCGUAUCUCUGAAUGUUACAUUUUGCCAUGACUAAUUAUUCAACUUAUACCAUAAGGAAUGUAGUAAAGACUGAGCAGUUAGUAAAUUUUGUAUUUGACCUGAGCCUUCUGUGAAAGCACUGGUCUUCUAUUGUUAAUUUGUACUAGAUUGUUGAUGGCAAAUAUGUCUAUCAAUUGAAUUUUUAUAUUUGUUUGAAAUGUAUUAUAUAUUUAUAUAUACAGUAUAUAUGAUGUAAGGUAUUAUUUUUUUAGCUACUGCAAUUAUCAUUUUGUUCAUUUUUGUAUUCUGUAAUAAAAAUGUACUGCACACAAAUAUCUACCAUUGUUAUACAAAAUACGUAUGUAACUUUAAAGUUGUUUGCUAAUUUCUCAUUAGUUAGCCUAAUUUUAUAUUAAAUCUUGAUUGUAUCUGUGCUCAGUCAAGCUACACUAGUUUACACAAUUGGGCUGGGCAGUUUUACACAGCACACUUAGCUAUAAGAGAAUUCUUUAAAUUAUGGUAACAAAUUCUUCUGGCUGCAUCAAUUUACCAUAGAUUUUUUUUUUUAGAAGUUAGUAUAAGACUAUAUAAAGUAAUGAAUUACCAUCCAGCAUGAAAACAUUACUGAAGCUUCUAGAUGUAGAUAAACUUGCCAGUUACAUCCUAGGCAUCAGAAUUGAUUCUGUACACAGUGAACAUAGUACUCAUAGUGUAAGGUCAAAUGUUUCCUGGGUAAGCUUAAUCUGUCAUUUUAUUUACAUGGUAUUCUUGCAAAUAAAGAAAUUUUCGAAGGUUGUGCAAUACAUAAUCUUACAUAUGCAUUACAAUUCCUGUAACUUGAAAUUAUGGUAAGGUGGUGCUUAAAAUGUUGAUAUCAAUUUUUUUGGUGGUUUUCUUGACUUUUAUUAUUAUAUUUGUGAACUAGUCAUUGAUAAUGCACAUUAAUCAGAAUAAAUAACUUUGUGAAAUUCCUGAAAAGUUAGGUAAGACUAUACUGAAAUCUUACUUUUAGAGGUCUGUAAUUAAAUGUAAUAAAUUGAUAAA